CACACAACUUGGCAACGUUUCUUUAAAUUUCGACCGCAGUCGUGUCAUUUUUUGGGUGCAAAAUAAUACCUUUUGUUUUAUAAUGGUCAUCCAUUCGCGUUUCAGCUGUCGUAGUGUUCGGUUGUGUUCCUCCUUCUACUCUAAUCGCAGCUAUUAUUUAUAUUUAUUGUAUCUAUAUCAUUAGUGUAUUUUAAUUACCUUCAUAUGUCGUCGUUUUCGGGCGGCGACUCGCGGUCGGGUAAAUCACCUGCUCCAAACAAAGUGAAAUCUAUUUUGCCUUCUAUUCGUGCGCCUGACCCCAGCUAUACACCUGUCAUCUUAAAAAAAAAAUGUAAGUCAAAAGCCAACUCACUCUCACCUAAAUCCCCUGAAUUUCAACAAAUUUUAAACAACACUCCGAUGUUAAAUACUUCGGCCUUCGAUUAUAAUAAUCUCUUAUCUACGGAAAACAGUACGUCGCAUGACUCGAUCAUUAACAACAGACUAUCUUCUGAUAAUUUUAAUGAUCGUACAUCGCACUCCGGUUCUGGUGCGAUUUCAACGCCAAUUACUAAUACUACGUAUUCCACUGAUAACCAAAAUGAUAUUAUUAUGUCGUCUCAAUCAACACAACAGACCUUCACUGCUGUAUAACGGUCCUGUCAUGAUACUUAUUGAAUGCACCGAUGUUAAUAAAAAUUUAGGUAAUUGGCAUCCGAUUAAAGCAGCCAAAUUUUUCUCCACUAAUUUCACCGGUAUAAUCAACAUCAAACCCGCCGGCGCAAAAAAAAAUUAAGAUUAUCUUCGACUCGAUUUCGAUUGGUAAUCUCUGUUUGACUUCCGAUGUUUUAAGCGAACAUGGCUUUACAGCUAAUAUUCCUUCGAACCUCAUAUACUCUUUUGGUAUCAUUAAACUCGAUUCAGACGUCUCAGAGUUUUAUUUCCUCGACGGUGUUCAAUCAUCUUUCCCAAUCGUAAGCUUCAAACGUAUAUCGAUCAAAAAAGAUGGUAAUAUAGUUCCCACACAUAUCGUUGAACUCAAAUUUUUGUCUCCUAAACUACCUCAAUAUAUUUCGGUCUACAAUAUGAUCUUCGACGUCCAUCAAAGCAUUUGCUCUCCGGUACAAUGUAAUUGAUGCCUACGUUAUGGGCAUACCCAAAAAUUCUGUCGCAGCGAUCCUCGUUGCAGUCAUUGCGGUGUUUUCAAACAUUCUAUCACGGAUUGCCCAUCCAUCCAUACCACAGACCCAACUUGUCUCUUCUGUAAACUCGCACUUGUUGCUACAGAUCGUAGCUGUCAGGAAUGAUCAACGUAA